AUCACAAUAUACUAAAUUUUGGUCUACAAAACUAGCUACCUAGAGAUACAUCAGCAGCUUCAUAUCCAGAACAAUGGACAGAGUCCUUUUCACUCCAAAAGGAACUCAAUUCUUGCAAUAUGAUAGCAAUGAGCUUGAAUGCAACAUCAAUGGUCAUCAUCAAAUAGACAUGAUGAGCACAAAUCAAAGCAGCCUCACAUCCACAAGCCGCGCGUCAUCUGAUUCUGGAGAACCCAGUGGAGACACCAAAUGGGCAGCAAAGCUUCUGAAGGAAUGCGCGAAAGCGAUAUCUGAUAAGGAUUCAAGUAAGAUCCACCAUCUGUUAUGGAUGCUGAAUGAGCUUGCAUCCCCCUAUGGAGAUUGUGAUCAGAAAUUAGCUUCUUAUUUCCUGCAAGCUUUGUUCUGUAAGGCCACUGAGUCAGGUCAAAGAUGUUACAGAACCUUAGUUUCAGUGGCUGAAAAAAGUCAUUCUUUUGAUUCUGCCAGGAAGCUGAUAUUGAAGUUUCAGGAGGUGAGCCCUUGGACGACUUUUGGACACGUGGCGUCGAAUGGAGCCAUAUUGGAAGCUCUAGAAGGGGAGAGCAAGCUGCAUAUAGUUGACAUAAGUAACACACUUUGCACCCAAUGGCCUACUUUGUUGGAGGCCAUAGCUACCAGAAACGACGAGACGCCUCGUUUGAAGCUCACUGUGGUGGUGACUGAGAACAUGGUGAGGUCAGUGAUGAAGGAGAUAGCGCAGAGAAUGGAGAAGUUUGCAAGGCUUAUGGGAGUUCCGUUUGAAUUUAAUGUUGUCACGGGCCUCAACCGUUUAGGAGGGAUCACGAAAGAGGGCCUAGGAGUGCACGACGAUGAAGCUGUGGCCAUCAAUUGCAUGGGAGCGCUGAGAAGAGUUGAGGUAGACGAAAGAGGGGCCGUGAUCAAGAUGCUGAGAUCACUAAACCCUCGAGUAGUCACUGUUGUGGAAGAAGAGGCGGAUUUCUGUAGCCCAAGAAAUGAUUUUGUCAAGUGCUUUGACGAGAGCCUUAGGUUCUACACGUUAUACUUUGAGAUGCUGGAGGAGAGCUUUGUGCCCACGAGUAACGAAAGGUUGAUGCUGGAAAGAGAGUCUGCAAGAAGCAUGGUUAGGGUUCUGGCUUGCGAUGAAGAUCAGAAUACGGAUACUUGUGGUGGAGAUUGCGAGAGAAGGGAGAAAGGGAAGCAGUGGUCAGAGCGGCUCAAGGAGAACUUCAAUCAAUACUCAUUUAGCGAUGAUUGCAUAGAUGAUGUUAAAGCAUUGCUCAAGAGGUACAGACCUGGAUGGUCACUUGUUCAGCCACAAGAAAGUGACUUGGGACUCUACUUGACAUGGAAAGAAGAACCUAUGGUUUGGGCUUCCGCAUGGAAACCCUAACUAAAAUUGUUAUGGAUCCAUGAAAGGUAUUACAAGUGAUAAACAUAUAGAUAUAUAAAUUGCUUUGUUAGAGGCAAGCAAAUUAAGGUCAUGAUCAAUGAAAUUAGUUUCUUGAGACAAGCUAGUUUGAGGGGAAGUCCACAUAUGAUUAAUAUUGAGUUGCACCAGAAAAGUACCAUACUAUGUUAUUCCAUUUCAGUUUAGAUCUUGCUUACUUCUACCUUGUAUUCAGAGGCGGAUCCAGAAAAAGGCAAGACAUCGGGAACACGUGUCUUGUAUCAGACUAGCUACCACCAUUAGUCAAUCAUAAUACUCAGAUCAGAGAUUUUGUUACACAACCCAAAUUUCAGCUAAUCAGAUCAGAAAUUCUAUCAUGCAACCAAAUUUUAGCAAAUCAGAUAUGUUAUUCUGCCAAACUUGUUUGGUUUUCCUGUUCUUGGCCGUCUAGUAAUUUGUCAUUUGUAAAAAAUAAUAAAAUUAUUAGUAAAAUGAUUA